AAAUGCUGUUUCGUUUCAGGAAGCUCUUGACUUGCAUUGUCCAUUGUGUCUGCGGUUAUGGGCGGCGAUGGGCCGACCCUCUGAACUUGCAAGUACCAAAUUCGGUAAACCUCAGCAAGACGAUGCAUUCAGAUCAGAUGUGUAUACGAUGGAGUUUUUCCUGCAUCGCGAACACACAGACACUGAUAUCGACGAAGACGCAGAGUCGUUCAGACUUCAUCUCAUGAGUUCAACGGGUACUGCCUCACACUCCUCAAUCAACCUGAAAUUUACCAAAAUCCAGCAAUGAGCCCUGCUCCAACGACACAGCCCCUUUCCUCGACCACAGGAUCAGACUCGGCCUUUGAGUUUCUAGCCACCAGUCUCAGAACGUGCCAGACGUCCCACACUCGGUGCCAUCAACUAACUUUUAGCACGAACUCUCUGCCAACACGAGUUAUAGACGUUGGCGAAUCAGCUGGCGAUCUCGUUUCCUUGCACGAGCGCGGUACACUCGACCAAAACACCUCUUAUGUAGCCUUGUCACACUGCUGGGGAGGUCUUCAACCUCUCAUACUCUCUGCAAGGACAGAAUCAACGCUACGCCGUGGGAUAGAUAUCGGUGAACUACCUCGGACGUUUAGAGAUGCUAUUUUCGUGUGUCGUAGAUUUGGCUUUCGUUAUCUCUGGAUUGACUCGCUCUGCAUCAUGCAAGACGACACAGCAGACUGGGCUAGAGAAUCCAAGUGCAUGAGGAAGGUGUACAGUCAUGCAGCUUUCACAAUCGCUGCAACCGCCGCAGAGGAUGGAAGUGUGGGGCUGUUUUUUUAUCGACCCCAUCCUCGAUUACCUCCUGUGCAGGUUGAAGCGACCUGGCAUGCUGAUCCAUUACCUGCUUUCGAAGACAGAAAGACAAGAUUCUUCCCUCCGUCAGAUACUUACUUCAUCGGCGAUUUCAUUGGAGAGGUCGAUGACAUACAACGCUCGCCACUCAACAACAGGGCAUGGGUAGUACAGGAGCGUUGUUUGUCACCAAGAAUCCUACACUUUGGCCGCGAAAUUCUGUACUGGGAAUGCCACGAGUUGUUUGCCAACGAACUUUACCCGGAUGGUAUAUCAAUCCCAAUACCAGCCAUGAACAUGUUCAAUCUCAGACACCUAAAAGCCAGGACCUUCGAGAGACGAAUCUCGUCAUUCCAAGAGGAUCGGCAACUUACAGCUGAUGCGGUAAUACCUACAGAUGUAGACUCAGGUCUUGGCCUUUACAACGAUUGGCUCAGACUCCGUCUGAUAUACUCCCUGUGCAGUAUAACACGCGAAGAAGACUUGCUGGUGGCACUGGCAGGUAUAGCAGACGAAGUAACACACAUGUUCUCUCUCUCGGCGUCUGUCUCACAAGACGACCUUUCUACACCACACAUGACGUUCAUCGCGGGAAUGUGGAAGCCAUAUCUACUACAAGAGCUGUCUUGGUCGCUCAUGGCUCACCACCCGGGCGGUUUCAACAGGCCAACGAAAUGGCGGGCCCCGACAUGGAGCUGGGCAAGUAGCAGGUGCGCUAUAGGCGGCUCGAAAACUCUCAUGGCCCUUAUCAUGCACUCGGACAGCGAUCCGCGGCAGCUCUCGUUGGGAAAAGACCAACCAGAUAUACUCGAGGUGAAGAGGAAGCUGACAGCCUCGGAAUCCGCAGAAAUAGUGGAAGUGCACAUAGAAACGGCGCUCUCGGGAGAGAUAACCGCAGGUUUUCUGCGCCUGGGCUGCCGCCCGUUCCGGGAGAAAAUGCGACUGAGUCCCAAAGGCACAUCCGGCGCGUUCACGCACUCGCUCCCAGCCGAAGCGACGAUCAGCAACGAUACAAAUUGGACAGGCAUCACUCUUGAUAGCGCAAAAGACGGCACGGAGAUCGAUGUCACAGCCGUCGUUCUCGCGCGCUUCCGUACCCCCGAAGGCGAGUCGUGGGUGGAGGGCCUGGUGCUACAGCCCUCACUUCAAACGCCGGAGAUGUACGAACGCAUUGGAAGCUUUUUCUUCAAUGAUUCUGAAGCGCCGAUUGCGGAAGGGGCUAGGAUACAGAAAAGGCACGAAGAGGCCGAGCACCAGGUCAUCACAAUGAUCUGAACAUGAUGGAUACCCUGAGUGUAUGCAAACCCCGGCCCCAUGCCUAG